AUGUAUACGGACGAGUGGAAGGAUGCCGUACUCGGCGUUAUGACCGCUUUGCGCGAGCUUCGAGUCCUGGGGGUCUCUACCUUGGAGGUGAUGGAUGCCUUAGAGAGCGCCGCCCUGGAUAGUCAAGAAAACACAUUGUCACCGCAGCUGAAAGUACUUCACCUCGAGGUGCUGGAUAGCUCAGUCCUCAACGAUAUUUCUCCGUCAGAAUUCGCCAUCCGGCUACAUCGACCACUAGCGCGCCGUGCGGAACGCGGCCUCGUCCUAGACAAUCUGCCUGAGGCGACCCUGCAAGCCUCUAGCGGUAAUCCACUCGGUCCCAGUGCGAAGCUGGUGCAGGCAAACGACGUAAAUGCUUCCUCCAGCUCCGGUGCAUCCACAAGUUUCAAACGCCCUUCCUCUCCACGAACGUCUCCAAACCCGCUGCACCACCCUGCAAGCGUGUCGGUGCUCCUUCAGCCGGACCUGAUGACUCUCGAUCUCCUCAAUGAUAGAGAGACGAACAACAGAAACCCGCCAGGGUCCCUCCCUUUGACCCCCAGAGCUCCCUCGAAGAUCAAGACCCUUCGGUCACUUACGCCACAAGCUGCUGCGAAUCUCAUGGCAGAGAGCACGCAGCCUGUGUGUCCUGCAGUCACCAGGUCGCCGACGCUGGCGUAG